UAAACCGUUGAGAAUUCAAAGUUUGCUUCACCGCUGAUUCUGCCCAAACCUUCAGUCAUGGGAAAAGAGUAUGAUAAAAUCCAUUUUGUUGAGACUCCCAUAUUAAGCAUUGAAGAAAAUGGUGUGCGACAAGUGGAAACACAGAAAGAUCGGGUGCCUGAAGAAAUACCUAGAGAAAAAAAUAAUCACAUCGAUGACAUCAAAAAAAGGAGAUCGAGUCUUCGAAGAAGCAUAAACUGUGGUUCAGGAGCAUCCUUCCGAGCUGCUUGUGCUGCGGUAGACCCAUCAUUGCCUCCCGCAGACAAGAAACGUAAAAUCACCGAACUGUCUCUGAAUCAAACACUUAUGGAAAUGAAGCUUAAUGCCCUAGAAAAAGAGCAGGAUGCUGUGACUGCAUUUUCAGAAAGCCUUCGAAAUAAGAUGGAGGAAAUUCUUCAUCAAGUUCAAAGUUCUGCCGGAGAUGAGCUACCUGCCCAUAAACAAGAGACACAAGCAAGAACAGCCAUAAAAAAGAUGAAAGAAGAAAAAGUCUUAUGGAAUGAUGAAUUUAAGAACAGAAGAGAAGCCUACUUAGAGGCUAGAAACAAGUUAAAAGAUGUUUUGAAGGGAAAACUCUACAUUGAGACAGCUCGAUUGAAGUCCGAAGAUGUGAAGUUUCUUAAUAGCUUGCCAGAUUUCACUGCUAUCAACAACAAAAUUGUUUCAUAUAAAAACCGCCACUAUAUUGGCCUAGUGCAAUUGGAGAAGAAUUCUCAGCGAAUACAUCGCUCAUUAGCAAUACUAGGGCGUCAACUUGACGAGGCUCAACAUGUGAUAAUCCCAACUUUUAAAUGGACAUAAUCUACUCCUUUCCCUCUUUGUCUAGAUAUGCAGCCUGUAAAAAUCUUUCCGCACACUUGUCUGCCUUUGACUUCACAUUUCAAACAACAUUUAUUAAACAAACAAUUGAAAUAUAAAAAUUUCUCGUUUAACGGAUGAGGCUGGCUUUCUUGCUCACGUAUGACAUGUGGUGAAGGUAUUCUUGGCGGUAAAGUCCCCCCCGGAUUUCUAAUAUGAAUUUUAACUUUGCCACAAUUUGUUCAAUAAUCUUAAUGUCACACUCUAUUCGCAAACGCCUCCAUUUUCUCUUGUCUGUGUCGUAAUACAUAAUAGCCACUGA